AUGAGUCUGUUAUUCUUCAUUGCAAUAACAGGUUACCUACGACAGAUACUAAAAUUGGGUACAUAUUAUCAAGAUACGAUUGGAAAGGACUUCAAUGUUAAAAUAAUUAUAGCAGGUGCUAAACGUCAAAUACAAGUUAUUGGUAAACAACAGGACAUUGAAAAAGCUGAAGAAGCAAUUAAAAAGCAUUGGUCAGAAACACUUAUAGAACAACAAUCAGGACCUAAAGAGAAUACAACUACGACCAGCAAUGAAUGUCCAAUCUGUUAUGAAGUGGCCAAUUAUACUUUAUUAGAGUGUGGACAUGUCUCAUGUUUAUAUUGUCUUAAACAAGAAUUAUCAAAAAAAUUCGAUACAACACUUAGCAAUCAGAGCUUUAAGAUUAAAUGCAUAAUGCAAGAAUGUAAUUCAGUACUCUCACUACGAGACAUUAAAACAAUAAUUGAUCCACCAGAUAUGCAGAGAUUAGCACGUGCAUCAUUUCAAGCUUUUCUCAAGACAGAUACAGAUAUAGUUCAAUGCAUGGGUACUGAUUGUAAACAAGUAAGAUAA